AGUGAUGAUGAGUGUAUAUAGCAAGCUUUGAAGCAGCUCCACUACAAUAAAGAUAAACAAAAAGGAACAGUUUUUAAGCACUCAGCUCUUUCUUUCUUUCUUUACAUUUUUUUUCUAAUUUAUAUAUAUAUAGAGAGAGAGUAGGGUUUAUCCUUCUUCAACUUUUUGGAAUUCGAGUGGGCAAAGCUUGUAAAUUUUUGGCUCUAAGUGGUUCUUGAAAAUUUUCAUCAAUUAUUUGUCCCUUGCUAUUCUUGUUGUCACAUCUCUAUGUGGGCUCUUGCUGGUUUCUUCUAACAGUGUGUAGCUUGAUUUGUUCCUCAAAGUCAAAUCUUGAGAGUAAUUUCUGAAGUUUAGUGUUGAUUCUUGCUCUAUGAGGAAAGGGAAAGUUGAUGAUGGUUGUUGAAUGAUAGUUCUGUUAUGGAAGUUCAUUUCCAGGGAGUUUUUACUUAAUCUCUGUGCUGGGGAACUGGUUUAGGGAAACAGGUUUGAGGUUGUUGAGUUUAGUAUUAGUUGGAUAGCAGUGGAAAGGGGUAAGUGAAGAAAGGGGAUUAGUAAAUGGUGUCUAGAUCAUAUUCAAACCUCUUGGAGCUAGCUUCCGGCGAAGCUCCAUCACCGUCUUUCAGCCGUAUGAGGCGGCGGCUCCCGCGUAUUAUGACGGUUGCUGGAAUUAUGUCUGAUAUAGAUGAUGAUGGCUCAGAUAGUGUUUCCUCUGAUCCAUCGUCUUCGACUGCUCAACGGGAUAGGAUAAUUAUUGUGGCCAAUCAGCUGCCAAUAAAGGUGCAUCGCAAGACGGACGAGAGCAGAGGUUGGACUUUCAGUUGGGAUGAGAAUUCACUUCUCCUCCAGCUAAAAGAUGGGUUGGGAGAUGAUGAGAUGGAGUUCAUUUAUGUGGGGUGUCUCAAGGAAGAUAUUCACCCAAAUGACCAAGAUGAGGUCUCUCAGAUACUCUUGGAGACCUUCAAGUGUGUUCCCACCUUUUUGCCUCCAGAUCUAUUCAGUCGGUACUACCAUGGGUUUUGCAAGCAGCAGUUGUGGCCGUUGUUCCACUAUAUGUUGCCUUUGUCGCCGGAUCUUGGUGGGAGGUUUAACCGCUCGUUGUGGCAAGCUUAUGUAUCGGUGAACAAGAUUUUUGCUGAUAGGAUCAUGGAAGUGAUUAACCCCGAAGAUGAUUUUGUGUGGGUUCACGAUUAUCAUCUAAUGGUACUGCCGACUUUCUUGCGGAAGAGGUUUAACCGAGUGAAGCUUGGAUUUUUCCUGCAUAGUCCAUUUCCAUCAUCGGAAAUUUAUAAGACCUUGCCAAUAAGGGAAGAGCUUCUGAGGGCUCUACUUAAUUCCGAUUUGAUUGGAUUUCAUACGUUUGACUAUGCCAGGCAUUUCCUUUCCUGUUGUAGUCGGAUGUUAGGCGUAUCGUAUGAGUCCAAAAGGGGUUACAUAGGCCUCGAGUAUUAUGGCCGCACCGUUAGUAUCAAGAUUCUUCCUGUUGGUAUCCAUAUGGGUCAGCUUCAAUCAGUCCUGAGCCUCCCAGAGACAGAGGCAAAGGUAGCAGAGCUCAUGAAGCAGUUUCCUGCACAGGGCAAGACGUUGCUGCUCGGGGUUGACGACAUGGAUAUAUUUAAAGGCAUUAGUUUAAAGUUAUUAGCAAUGGAACAACUCCUAUUGCAGCACCCUGAGAAGAAAGGAAAGGUUGUUCUGGUCCAGAUAGCCAAUCCUGCUAGAGGCAAAGGAAAAGAUGUGAAAGAAGUGCAGGAUGAGACUUAUGCAACGGUAAAGCGAAUAAAUGAGAUGUUUGGAGAACCAGGAUAUCGUCCAGUCAUCUUAAUUGACCAGCCGCUAAAAUUUUAUGAGAGAGUUGCUUAUUACGUCGUUGCUGAAUGUUGUUUGGUUACUGCAGUUAGGGACGGAAUGAAUCUUAUACCAUAUGAGUACAUUAUCAGUCGACAAGCCAACGAGAAAUUGGAUAAGGUGUUGGGACUGGAAACAUCAACCCCCAAAAAGAGCAUGUUGGUUGUAUCUGAGUUUAUCGGGUGUUCACCAUCUCUAAGUGGAGCAAUCCGCGUCAAUCCGUGGAAUAUUGAUGCGGUGGCAGAGGCAAUGGAUUCUGCUCUUGUAAUGGCGGAGCCAGAAAAACAAUUGAGGCAUGAAAAACACUACAAGUAUGUUAGCACCCAUGAUGUGGCGUAUUGGGCUCGCAGCUUCUUGCAUGAUCUGGAAAGAACUUGCAAGGAUCAUGUGCGUCGCAGAUGCUGGGGUAUUGGGUUCGGCUUGAGCUUUAGGGUCGUUGCACUUGAUCAUAAUUUUAGGAAGCUUGCCAUGGAGCAUAUAGUUUCAGCUUACAGAAGGACUACAACUAGAGCUAUUCUUCUGGACUAUGAUGGGACUUUAAUGCCUCAAAAUUCCAUUGAUAAGAAACCGAGCUCGAAAACCCUUGAUAUUCUAAAUAGUUUAUGUAGAGACAAGAACAAUAUGAUUUUUAUUGUCAGUGCCAGGCGACGAGACACAUUGGCCGAAUGGUUCUCUUCUUGUGAUAAACUGGGAAUUGCGGCCGAGCAUGGUUAUUUUACAAGGAUGAAGCGAGACGAAGAAUGGGACACAUGCGUGCCAGUAGGUGAAUGCAACUGGAAGCAAAUAGCGGAGCCGGUAAUGCAACUGUACACUGAGACAACUGAUGGGUCGAUAAUUGAGUUCAAGGAAACUGCGAUGGCUUGGUGUUAUGAGGACGCAGAUCCUGAUUUCGGAUCUUGUCAAGCUAAAGAACUUCUUGAUCACCUGGAGAGUGUGCUUGCUAAUGAACCUGUUACCGUCAAGAGCGGCUCAAAUUGUGUAGAAGUUAAGCCACAGGGGAUAAGCAAAGGUCUCGUUGCCAAACGCCUGCUCUCAUCAAUGCAGGAGAAGGGCAUGUCGCCCGAUUUUGUCCUGUGCAUUGGAGACGACAGGUCUGAUGAAGAUAUGUUUGAGGUUAUUACCAGCUCCAUUGCCGGUCCUUCCAUAGCUCCUCAUGCAGAGGUGUUUGCAUGUACCGUUGGCCGGAAGCCAAGCAAGGCUAAAUACUAUCUCGAUGACACGGUUGAAAUUGUUAGACUGAUGCAGGGGUUGGCCUCCGUUGCCGAGCAGAUCACACCCGUGUAGGCUGACCCCUCAGCCAUGAUGAGCGUAAGCAUGAAUCAUCUUCUCCUCUCCCCUUCAGUUCCUUAUUAACUGUAAAUUGUCGACCGAAAAAGGCUCCAAGAUUGUCAUAUUUCCCUUUUUGUUUGAAUAUUUUCGACGUCAGAAAACUUCUGGUGAGUUGUAUAUAUGUGUUAGAGAAUUUCUAAUUUUCAUGUGAUGAGAGUGAUGCAGUGUGUCAUUUGUGAUUUGAGUUUGGGAUAUAUAAACGCGACUUGAAACGAAGUUAUGUGUUGCA